CUCUUUACCACGCUUCUUCUAGUCGACAUUGGCAUUCGAAAGGGGGUCGAAAUCCCUGACCACCCCCUCCUCUCAAUUCCAGACCGAAGGAGGCUGUGCACAUUUGCCUUUUGCCUCAUUCAUACUGUCCAAAUACCACUCGCAAUGACGACUGCUACAGCUUCAAUGGCCUCGGCGGACCAGGCCACCGACCUAGCCAAGCAAUAUGACACUCCACUUGGAAUGGCCCACUCAACUAUGCAGGCUCUCAAAGAUAGAAUCAAGCUCCACUAUGAUCUUGCCAGUGACUACUACCUCAGUCUGUGGGGCGAGCACAUCCACCACGGCUACUGGCCAACCGAAGAGUCCCAGGCGAUUAUCACAAAGGAGGAGGCCCAAACUAACCUCAUCCAACUCCUCCUCGAUGUCUCGAAAUGCCCUGCCAACGGCGUCGUCCUUGAUGUUGGAUGUGGCGUCGGUGGCACGUCUCGGUAUCUCGCCUCCAAGCAUGGAUGCACCGUGACUGGGAUCACCAUAUCUUCCAAGCAAGUCGAAAUUGCCAACCGACUCACCAAGGCCGCCGCAGAAAGCGAGAGCCAGAACGCCGCUGAGUCGACGUCCGCCGAAGCUCCCGGAAUCCCAGAUGCCGACGGCUUCAUCCGACUUGGCUCCGGUAAGGUCCGUUUUCUUGAACUAGACGCAGAGAAGAUGGCAGACUUCUUUGUAGGGCAAGAGGGCACGUUUGGCACCGUUUGGAUCAGCGAGGCUCUGAGUCACUUUCCCAACAAACCCUUAUUCUUUGAGAAUGCAAAGAGGGUCUUGAACCCAGGAGGAAAACUAGUACUGGCGGACUGGUUCAAGGCAGAGAACCUAGACGAGACAACUUUUGUCAACGACAUCAAACCAAUCGAAGAUGGCAUGCUUCUGCCUCCUCUUUGUACGCAACGGGGAUAUGUAGAUUUAGCUACCCAAGCCGGACUCCAGGUGUUCGCGGAGCCGAAAGAUAUCAGCCAAGAAGUCCGGAAAACAUGGGACAUUACAUGGUCACUCGUACAGAACCCCUCACUGUGGGCGUUCGCUUUCGCCCAAGGCCGCGAUGGCAUUGCCUUUCUGCAGUCGUUCCGGGCCAUGAGACGGGGAUACGCCAAUGGAAGCUUCCGGUACGCUGUUAUGGCUUUCAACAAGUGCUCGGUUUAGACAGGAUGUUUCUAUCCUGCCUGUUGAACUGGUUGGACUUCAGCCCUCAUUCACUUAUGCGCGGUUGUGGAUUGAAAGAACUCAAGUCAGAGUAUAGCAAACGCUUCAAGACAAACAUAGUCUCAAACAUAUUUCACAGCUAACUAAUCCCGAUGCCUUCUUUCCCUCGUCUAUUUAUUCAGAGCCCUCUGCUUGGGAGAUCCUAAAU